AUGGGCUCGACGACACGAGAACAACAACGCACCGCACGCGCCGAGAUCACGGCAGUCAUGCACCGCUACGCGUCUCUCGCGCGCGAAAACGCCGAUUGGGACACAAUGGCCGCGCUGUUUGCCCCGGACGCGCUGUAUCGUCUGCCCAACGGGGUCGCCGUGGACCCCAAGCGCAUGGUCGAGGUGGUACAGGGCAACGAAGCCAAAUACAUCCGCCACCACGUCACGACCGUCGACAUCACCUUUGUGGGCGAGGCCGAGGCGCAUUCAGAGGCGUUUUACCUGGCGGUCACGGACCGGGCGAGCCCGGAUCACUGGGGCAUGUGGAAGGAUGUGUUUCGACGGAGGGAGGAGGAUCACGUCUGGCUCAUUCAGGAUCGGACCAUCUAUGUCGAUGGCGCCGCGCCGGGAGGGUGGUAUGCGACGGUUUACGGCAUGCCAGGUGCAACUGUUGAUGGUUGA